AUGAAGCCUCACAACAGGGAGGUCGGAGUGUUUGUCCGCAUCAAACCAACAGCGAACUUCGCCCAAGACCUCAUUGAAUGUCUCCCAGACGGACAGACAGUGAACAUCUAUCACAGGAAAAUCUCCAGGAAGCCCCAGGAUUCAAGGAAAAGUCAGUUGAGCUCCUGGUCAUUCCGGCUGGAAGGCGUCCUGCAGGAUGUGUCCCAGGAGGAGUUUUAUACCCGAGUGUGCCAACGGGUGGUACUGGGAGCACUGGAUGGUUAUAAUGGCACUGUGAUGUGUUUUGGACAGACAGGCGCAGGAAAGACCUACACCAUGACAGGAUCCACAGAAUCAUACAAGCAGAGAGGCAUCAUUCCUCGGGCCCUUCAGGAGGUGUUUCUGGAGAUGGGGAAAAGGACAGAGCAUGUCUUCACUGUGCAUCUGUCGUACCUGGAGAUCUACAAUGAGACUCUGGUGGACUUGCUGUCAUCGCUGCGAGGCUGUCCACACCCGUCUCCUCACGGUAUGGUGGUGAUGGAGGAGCCGGGCAGAGGGGUGUUCAUCAGAGGUCUGUCUCUUCACCCUGUCCACAGCGAAGAGGAGGCUCUCCACCUGCUGUUUGAGGGUGAGAUGAAUCGCAUUAUUGGAUGUCAUGCCUUGAACAGGAACUCCUCCAGGUCCCACUGUAUCUUCACUGUGCAUAUAGAGUCUCGCUCACGGACUCUGUCUGACGCCAAGUAUGUCACUUCCAAACUGAAUCUGGUGGAUUUGGCAGGGUCAGAGAGGCUGGGAAAGACUGAGUCAGAGGGCCAGAUGCUAAAGGAGGCUGUAUACAUCAAUAAGUCCUUGUCUUUCCUGGAGCAGGCCAUCCUGGCCCUGGCAGACCGUUAUAGAGACCAUGUUCCUUUCAGACAGAGUAAACUCACACAUGCCCUCAAGGACUCUCUAGGAGGGAACUGCAACACUGUGCUUGUGGCCAACAUCUAUGGUGAGGCUGCACAGAUAGAAGAAACACUCUCUACUCUGCGUUUUGCCAGCAGAAUGAAGUGUGUCCAUACUGACCCUGCUGUUAAUGAACACAUGGAUCCAGCUGCUCAGAUCAAGAAACUUCAGAAGGAUGUCCAGAUGCUGAAAGAGGAACUGUCCAUCUGCAAUACACUGGCAAACCGGUCAAGCAUCACGUACGAGUCGUUGUCUGAAGCGCAGCUGGCUGAGAUCCACAGUCAGGUUCAGAGGUACUUAGAGGGAAGCCUGGAGGAAAUCAGUAUCAUAAGUAUCAGGCAGGUCCAGGCAGUGUUCGCCCAGUUCAAGCUUGCUGUGCAGGAGCAGGAGCAGAAGGUGAAGGCUCAGCUCUGCCAGACCUGCAACUUGGUGGAGAAAGACCAAAGUGCUAACAUAGCUGCUAUCAAGGAGUGGGACACCGGAGACAGCACUGAGGAUGUGGAGACUGGCAGCUUUGGGGUUCCUGCUCAGUCACUGAAAAAUGCUCAUCGCCCAAGUUCGACCAAAGCCAAAACGAAGAAGUCUCGGGAAAAACAGUGCCAAAAUAAGACACAGGGAGAGGGGAGUCCGCUUUCAAGGAAGCGUUUGGAGAGUGCCUCCAAAUCAAAGCUGAAUUCUGUCCAGACGCCUGAGAGGGAACACGAGUCACAAGAACCAGACAGUGAGAGCCAGGACACACAGGAAUCACAACCGCCUGGCAACGAACCCUCCCACCCUGGCUCUCCUCCCCCUAAAGAAGAGGCCUUUGAGGAUUUUAAAGCGGGACAAGGCAGUAAGAUCAACCGCAUCUUUAAGGAGAACAAAGCUGUGCUGCUGGAACGCCACAGUCUUCUUCGACAGCUCACUGAGGAGGUCAACGCCGUCAAGAGGAAGAUCGACCGCACCGCGGCCACCAUACAGCAGCACAAGGAGCUGAGAGAAGGCCAAGGUCAGUAUUUGGUUAUGGCAGAGAAGCCGCUGCUGGAAGAGCCAGAUGCCACGUUAUUGAUGCAGCUGAGGGAGCUGAAGGCCCUGUACAGGCAGAGAUAUGAGGUGCUGCAUGACAUCAAGGCAGAGGUCAACUACUGUCAACACCUUGUGGAUCAGUGCCGAGUGCGCCUGUUCUCUGAUUUUGAGACGUGGUAUGAGAAGUCUUUCCUGGUACCUGAGGAGGAGCUAGAAAUAACAAUGGAGAAGGCCCUCAGAGAAGAGGAUGCGGAGGAGCAGCUUCUUGCUGACCACCCCAGCUCCGGGUCCUUCUACAGCGCCCGCUACAGAACACUGAAAACGAGGAACAGCACGGCACUGGUCUUUACUUCAGCACAGAGAAACUCAUCUGGACAGAGAAGACUUCCUCCAAUUCUACCUGUUACCUAA